CUCAGUCCACGACCGUUUGCCACGAGACUUCGAUCUCAUCGGUCUCUCCCUGUCUUUCGCUAUCUCUCUACCCUUCUUUUCCCGUUUGGAGGACGGAAAGCAGCUACCACCUCCACCACCACCACCACCACCGACGCCGCCGCCGCCGCCGCCGCCACCGUCGUCGCCGCCACCGACGACCGGGGAGACGCACGUAGUCGAAACGUGAGACUCGUACGGACAUCGUCGUCGUUCUCGCCGGUAGUCCUCGUCGUAGACUGUUUUUCGAGCCAGGCCUUCUUCGGUUGUACUUUGUACUCUUCGAACGUAUCAGGAGUCACCUGAAAUUCGAGGUUCUACGGACGUUUGGCUACCGCACGGUAAGCAGCGAGCACCAAGAUGGCAGCAUUCGUGGCGAAACAGAUGGUCGGAAACAAGCUGAACGCUGUUAAAGGAGCCGUAGGUGGCGAAGGUGGAGACGAAGAUGACAAGGAGAAGGAAGAGGAGGCCGAGAGAGAAAGGCAAGAAGCUAUCAGGGAGGCUGAAGAACGAAGGAAGGAGAAACAUCGUAAAAUGGAGGAGGAACGGGAGAAGAUGCGACAAGAAAUCAGGGACAAGUAUAACAUAAAAAAACGGGAAGAAGUACAGGAACUGACCCAGGAAGAACCAAAUCCUUUGAUGCGUAAGAAAAAAACGCCAGAAGAGUUGGCCGCGGAAGCUGAAGCGGAAGACGAGGAUGAGAUUACCAAAUUCAGGAACACGAUAGACACUCAUAUACAAGAGAUCAAAGAAGCAGUGGAAGCUAGAUGCGACCUUCAAUAAGUCGGCCUGCACCUUCAAAGCGGUCGGUAAGAAGAGUGGCAUCAUGUGUUGCCAGGGCCGCAUCCGCCUCUCAGCCUUUACGAUAUCACGAGGAAGGGAACGAGUGAGACUCGACGCGUUAAACAAGCUAAUGGGAGAAACAACGAUACGAAAAACUAGCAACCUCGUCGCCACCGCCGCCGCCGCCGCCGCCGACACCGCCGCCGCCGACACCGACGCCGACGACGACGCAUCGUGGUCGUCGUCGUCGUCGUCGUCGUCGUUGUCGUUGUCGUUAUCGUUAUCGUUGCGUUGCUCGAGCGUAAAUCGAUUCAAGAUUCCGAUUGAUCAAUCGUCGCUUAAACUCUAAACGAAAGCGACGACACUCGAGACACCGCAAGAAACACCCUUCGUCAUCGUUGGUCUCGAUAAUCGAACAGUCGAUCUCGUUGAGGGUUUUCUACAGUGUACAGAGAAUGAUCUCGAGGAACGAACUCGUCGUUCGGAAAAGCCGAAAAAUAAAUCGAUAUCGACGACGAACAAAAGUACGGAGAAGCUAGCGUGGCUGUCGGGAGAAGAGCUGGCGUGGGCGUCGUCGUCGUCGUCGUCGUCGUCGUUGUUCAUAUCGAGAACGGAUCCACGGUGCUGAAUUAGAGAAUUCAUGGUCGAUAGGGUUUUAUUAGUUGACCGAACGAGUCUUGAAAGAGUGACGAACGAAAAGCCGAGCACGCAAAACAUCAGCCUGUAUAUCGAAAUUGAACAACAUUGGAAAACCAAGAGAAACUUGCGAGUCAGAAACUUCAAUGACACGAUCGGACGACUUUGCAAACUUCAAGCUUCGUAAUUCCGGUCCUCGGAGAUACCCGAUCGAAGCGAAUGAAAAAGGAUCGUGAGAAACCGAGUACCGUCUCGAAUUUUAAGACGUUUAAGAGUUCGUUGACGAAACAAACCGAAUGUGAAUACACGAAUCAGGAAAGAUUCGAACCAAAGGUUUAACAAACGAACACACAUGGAGAACGUUUAGGAAAAAUGGACGACGAUCGACGAAAGCAAAUGCAACCAGAUCAGAUACAACAACGACCGAUGUCCGGCAGAAAACGAAACGGCGAACGAAACGAGACCACGAAUACUACGGGCAUGCAAUAAUUUUGUUUGCACCGUAACUACAAUUCGGGAAAAAAGAAGAACGAGAUCGAGUCUUUUCGAAUAUCGUACGAACGCCAUGAAAUUGGUGAAACGCGAGCAGUCAAAGGGCGCGUGCAUCGUAAUAUAUACAGAUAUAUAAGUAUAGAAAAAAAAGGCGUGAAAAAAGAUAGUAACUAAGUUUUUAGCCAAUUUUCGAAUAGCGGUAAAAUGAGAAAAAAAAGAAACUACCGAUAGCAGAGUUACGUAGUCGCUAGUUCGUUCGACGACUGUUUAAUAACAAAGAGAUAAGACGGGGGAGUCAUUAAUAUUAUCAUUGCAGUUAUUACUUAUUCACAUAGUUUAUUACUACGGUCAUUGUUCUUAUUAUUGUUAUCAUUGAAUGUUUGUAUUUAGAAAAGAAAAAGAAAACAAGGUAGUUAUAACAAGGAUCGAGGGCCAGGAGAAACUAGCGUCAAGAGACUGAGAGGCAAUAGGAAAAAAAACGGCCACAGUUUGGCCAAUAAAGAGAACGAGAUACCGGAAGAAUAAAAAUAACCGGCGGCCCUUGCUCUCCCUUCCGUCCAAAAAUUUGAAUUUUUUUCCUCAGACGUAGCUCGACCGCGAUAUAGCGAGACGCGUAACACCUGAGCAUUUCUUAGAAACACUUUAGUUAGGGUACGUUAAUAAAAAGCGAACAAGAAUUAUACGUCUACGAGAAAAAAAAAUAUCGACGAAAGAAAAACAUGUUACUCGACACUAUCGUGCGCGUCGUUAGAAAAAUAAACUCAACGACCAGAUCGAACAGAACUGAUUUUCGCGUUUAAAUCCAAAAAUAAGAUAAACAAAAUGCCUUUCUUUCACGUUUAUACGAUGCGUUUCUAUCGAGUGUUAUAAUUAUACAAGUAGGUUAAUCGGAUUAGCGAACGGAAAAAAAAAGAAACAAAAAAAAACAACGUACUUACGCGUUUGUUCGUGAACGAUAGUUUGGAAAGGACAAGGUCUACGGAACUUGUACGGUUCGAUCGGUUCUUGCGAAAGAACUUUCAGGUGUUACCAAUGGACACGAUCGAGCGAUAUAUAUACAUAUAUAUAUAUAUAUAUCCUUUCUUGGAACGAUCCACCGGUUUCGCCGUGUUUGUUCGCCGAUGGUGGUCAAAACAGUUUGGCGUGAACGAGGGUGGACGGGAUGGACAGAGCAUCGACUGCCGGCAAACAACGCAAGCUUUAUACAUAUAAGAAAAGAAGAAAAGAAGUAAGAAAUCUAAAAGAAGAUGGCAAGUAAUAAUUUGAUCGGACAAUAGCGUUUCGUUGAAAACGUUUUCACGCCCUUGAUACGUAACAUGUACGUUUCGAAGAGACUGAUUGUGAGAACAAUUCCUUGAUAAUAAAUAAAAAAACGUGCGCGGUGGUAUCGAUCCGAUUUGGUAUACGUAUAAAGCGAAAUGAAUCUGCGAUGGACGCGGAAGGCAUAAACCUGUUUUUUUAUACAAACAAGAGGAAGGUACGAAUUGAUAAGAAACGAUACGAUCCUUUUUUGUUCGAUAUCGUUCCUCGUUCCUCGUUCUCGAUAGUGAUCUAUUCUUAUAUCUUCUCGACCAUCAUCGAACCUUCGCGAAUCUCUUUCGAACGAUUCAGAGCUUUUAAGGUAACGGCUAUACUCUCCGAUUUCUUUGUCACACUUGAGAUUUUCUUAACACGCGUUCCGCACAUCAUACUCGACUAUUCGGAAUAUUCAUCGACGGCUUAUCCUGCCAGUUCCGAAACAAGAUGAUCGCGACACGAAAGAAAAAUAAAACGAAGAAUAACUUUGAAAAGCUCUCUCGUUACUUCGAGUUAACUAAAUUACGUGAGUAUCGCGACCCGAUUCGCAUAAAAUACAACCGAAAAAUGAAACGUCGGAAGGCCUUUUAUCCAGUAAACGUUUCGCUGUGCCGACGCUCUACAGACGCAUGUCAGCUUUCUAUGUGUCUCUCUUCUUGUUUCUCAAUUUUCUCUUGUCGAUUUGCGCGAUUCCGCAAGGAACGCUACACGGUGAACCGCAUUGUCUAAAUUCGACGACGAAUUCAUCACAUGUUGCCAUCUGAAAUCUCGCACAAUUGACGAAACGAUAUAGUUACUCGAUACCGUUAAACGUUUCCCAACCCCAAACUAUGCAACGUUUCGCUAUUUUCUCGUAUAAACCCAGACCACCUCGACCAUAAUUAUCUCUGAACGAACAACCACGAGGACCGUUCGAGAGACCAUGGAUUAUUUCUCGGCCAUCGGAUACUCUCUAGGAGACCGGGAGAACGGGAGAACCAACUUGUAUGUACGUUCCUAGAGGAAAUUCGAAGAAAAGCUUCUUUCAGUUUCCCAGACUUUUCACUUUCGACAAUUCGUUUUCUCCAUCCCACUCGUACAACCGACGCCGUAAAAUAUCUCUCGGUGGCUGUAUGUACAUAGAAAACAAACCAAAAACUUUUACAACGUCUCGAGUCCUCGACUUUAUAUCCCUGAAACUUUCAACCAAGACUCGAUCGAUCGCAGACACUUGGUUUUAUGCCGUUGAAUAACCUUUAUUUUUACUUUAAUCGUACGUUUACUUUCUCUAUCGUUCCCAUAAUAGAGAAAGAACAUGGAACGUUGAUCGAGAAAACGUUGCAGUUCUAAAACUAUUUCGAUAUUUGUGUGUUUCUUUGCGGAGUUUCACAACCCUGCAAAAUAACGAGCAAAUAAUUUAUGAAUAGCGCGUCUCUCUCUCUCUCUCUCUCUCUCUCUCUCUCUCUCUCUCUCAUCAUACCCUAACUUACUCUAUUACUCUCUGAACGAUACUUGAAAAGUAUCACCACCCUUACAACUCAACUAUACCCUUCCUUCCUUAUCCAGCGUUCCAUACUAAUCCAAUCCAAUCCAAUCUAAGAAAUUUCCUCAAAAAUUUAGCUUCUCCUGUACAAUCUAAUCGAUACACACUUCAAGUCAAUUACUGAAUAAUUAACCCAAAGAUAUGAAUAUAUACAUAUACAUAUACAGAGGGUGUGGCAGGACGGGCGGUAGAACCGAGAAGACGCUGAUUCUACGUGUAAAAGUAAAGAAAACAAAGAAAAAAGGAUGAAAUUUUAGCGUAAUAAGCCAAGAUUUGUAGACAAUUGAGUUCAAGUUGUGUCGCAAACAAAUACAUUCGACUAUAUCCGAGCUAUACUUAUUUACAAUUUCACCAAUUUAUAUUUACAUUAUCGAGGAAAUUGGUAAAAGCAAUGUUUUCCUGGACGCAUCCCCUACUCGGUUGUAUCACCCGUCCAGAUACACCUUGUAUAUACGAGUACACGUUAUAUAUAUAUAUAAAUAUUGAUCCUAGUGAGAAUACAAACUCGUACAUUUUUGUUUCUUGUCAAGUUUUCGAUAUAAAUAUAAACGUAUACAUAACUUGUAACGAAGCGCGAGUGCAAGAGUUGGUGAAUAGAUGCUUCGAAGGAACGUUGAAAAUUCAAACGAUCGGAUACAGGUGUCAUUUUCGAAAGCGAUUUCUCUCUCACUGUUGCUACUAAUAGAAGGAAAGCGUCCGACUCGACAUCAAACUAUUCCGUCAACUUCGAACUUCGACCACGUAACUAUCUAGCAGGCAGCUUACUACUUUCUCUCGUCUUUUGAUCGUAGCAACUUUCUCUCUUUCGAUAUCCCUGUUCGGUGUGAUCCUAUGCUCGAUGUUGUCUAUUUAAAAUCACCAGUUACUUAAUCGACGCACGUAUAUGCGUGCUAAAAGGAUAAAAUGCAAGAAAAAAAAAAACUAAGAAAUACUUUGCUAUCGUCCCUACUAUUAUCGAUGAUUAAUGUCAUGUGUCGUUGUUGCUUCUCGAUGCGAUCAGCAUGAAUAUUGGUCGUCGCGUUGUCUAGUCGAUGUUAACGUUACCACGCGAAUAGUCCGAUUUCGUUUCUUUUCUCUUACGUUUCAUAUCGUAACGUAUGAGCGCUACACGCAAAUUCUAGCUUCGCGUACCUUUGCUACCUCUAUACGUCCAUCGAAACGUCGUUAACGACCGGCGCGGUUUACCACAGUUUCUUUGCUGCGAGUUCUUGUAAAAACCAACGAAUCGUUCGGUUCGGUUCGGUUUCAUUCGAUUAAACAUCAUUUUCACGGCGAAUUAUUUAACGCAAGGUUGAUAAUUCGUCGAAUUUGGGUAAGCAGGCCAAUCGCCGACGAUUUUUCAUUGCCACGAGCACAAGAAAAACCAUCGAUCUAUCCGCGAAUAGUCACGAGUACGCGUGCAAAACUAAACAGAUAUCUUUCGAGGCAGGCGAUGCGAUGCGAUGCGAUACAAUGCGACGAUAAAUAAAUCGUCUCUUUAAAACAGCUAAUUGGAAAUUCCGCAGCGAGGAGAAAUGAGAAUGUUUCGAUUCGUUGAAAAUCGACGAGCGUCGAUCGCGUAAAUACUCUCGAGACUCGAUACUAUCUCUUGUUGGAGGUAACGUGUGCGAUCCGUCUGUCCUCGAGCUCCUUAAUUCUCUGUUUAAAACAUAGUCCAACUUGGACCUUUGCACAAGCGUCUCAAGUUAAAGGAUUCUAGGCGACUUAUCGCGCUAUUCCUUCGCUUCCUUUCCCUAAAGCCACCCUAAGCCUGUACACGGCACGUGGCAAGUGAUACAAACAAAUAUACUUAAAUCUACUUAAUUCGUGUUUCAUAGACUUUAAUCCGGGGGGAUUAAAAACGUAAGAAAAGAAAUUGAAAAAAAAAAUUAAGAGAAUUGAAAAAAAUAUAUCGCGACACGUGUCUCGUUUCGAGGAGUCGUCGAAGAAAUUGCCGUAAAGAAAAGAAUCGAGUAAAGGGAUUCCCUCUCGACGUUAAAAUCUCGGUCAAUUUACUCGAAUUACGAAUGCGAAUGGCGAUCGUUUUAUUUGUGAUCACUCGGCUCGAAAACGGUACAAGUACAACAACUGACUCGUCGUCGCAACGAGACACGCGUCCACGUAUCGUAUAUAAAGAGUAUUUACCGGACCUUGCUUAGGUAUUUAAUUAUCGGAGACGAGCACUUAAAGAGACAAAAAAUACGCGAAUAAUAUAACCGCGUUAGUUACGAAAUGCGCCGAAACGUUAAGAUUUAACGACAGAGACGUAACGUUUUCUUCUCCGUGUACAUAAUCUCGCGUAUUACCCGGAAUCCCGCGUGUAACGUAAGAAAAAAUUGGGAAAAUAUGAAAUCGCGAAAUGUAAUCGUAUUUCCCAGAGCCUCGAAGAACCUUUGCCUCCCGAGUGUGUUCAAUUUUAAUUUGACUCUAUCAAAGAGUGGUUGGUUAAUCGACUGGAAGGCUGGAAUACGGCACGGCACGGUACGCAACAGUUCUUCGAGCAUCCAGAAAAGGGAGGCUAUACCGGGGUCGUGGUGAUUCGUUAAAGGAGAAAACCGACUCGACUUAUUCAGAGACAACGACACAACGCAUUAUAAAGUAAUAAUUGGUAACUUAACGUUACAAAUCGACAUACCGUUGUUAAUACUCUGUUAGGGUUCGCGGCCGAUGAUCUGGACGACGAUCGUGUUGCACGAUGCGCGCGUUCUCGAUGCACGUAGAUACAUAUGUACAAACUAAACGCGUACACGCGUAUCGUGCGAGACAACAAAACAGAUUAGACGUUAAGCGAGUGAACGGCCGGUUAAACGAAACAUUUAACAAAAACAAAAAGAGGACAAAAAUGGUAAAUGUAAACGCAGUAAAAUCACAAUGUUAAGUAAGUAGACGUUAGCUUUGUAUACAAGAGAGUGCCGAGAAAAAACAAGACAAUUAAGGGGAAAAGAAAGGAGGAGCUUCGAUACGAUUGGCGAGAGUUCCGAAACCGAAUGAAACACGAGUAACGGUUCCAUCAGCAGCUGCCAUUCGGCGAGAUAAACAUCUUUUCGAGCGGACUUGUGCGAUUUUUUGGAUUUAAACGGUUUCGCGAAUACAUUUCGCUGUCGCUCGAACCACCCUACCUUUAUACACGUAUGAUAUUUUUAUUUCUCGCUUCGAUUUCAAACUUGUCUUCUUUUCAAGAAAUUUCAUAUUCCUUCGAUUUACCAUGGGAAUUCCAUCCUGGAUUUGCUCCAGUUUGAUGAAAUGUUUUCAAAUAAUAUAAAUACAUUCCAGAAAUAUUAUGAAAUUACAACGGUAACACGUCUCGUUGUAGCGUAAAAUUGCAACGAAUGUUACUCGCAGUUGUUUUGUUCUUUCUGGGAAAAUUCGGACGACAGUGUGAUCAUCGCGUUACGAGUUACGAGUUACGAGUUACGAUUUCACAAGGUGCUGCUUGGACCUUAUAGUUGUACCGUGCCCGGUAUCUUUGCGAAUUCGUUCAACCGAGAAGCAAUAUUCUAGAUGCCUAUAAUUUAUUACUAUUGUACGUUGUACGUGUCUUUUACGACAAACAAGACAAGAGAGAAAAAUUAGAAACACGUAUAAACACCCACACAUCAAACAUUAUAUACCUAUUUAAGAACCAAACCGAAACCGAAACCGAAACCGAAACCGAAACCGAAACCGACACCGACACUUGACAAGUACACACUACAAACGAAACAUCGACGCGAUACUUUUCGGCGUUUCUUCUGACGGUUAUUAAAAAAAGCUACGGCUUUGCGUUCGAUGCUGUACGCGUGAGCAUCGUUCGCGCGUCGAUUUCCAUGUGAUUUUCUAUCUCGAUGUUCAAAGACACGACGCGUGCUGCAAGCAACGACCAAUUAUUCUAAUCGUUACCAAUUAGGAUUUCGCAAAAGCCGAAAUAUCUUGCGAAAGAUUCGAAAUACAAGGAAACGGUAUAAAACGAAGUAAAAAGACGACGACGUUUGUUAACAAAAAAUGGAGUUUGGACGUAACGAAAAUUGCAAGGAAAAAGGAAAGACGUAGGCGAUCUUUCGAAUUCCCAAAAAUCGCACGAAGCUUGCUCGACGGAUACAGAAAGUAAAUUUUUUUUAGGAAACGGAUGACACCAAAAGAGAGAAGAACAAAUCUCUUGUGCGAAGUAGCGCGCGUAGUGGCUAAGUAACCGGAACACGAAUGUGUUUGUUGUUAAGCGUAAUAUAGUAUGUAGCAUUUGAAGAGAUGAUACAAGUAACGUCAGACGGAUCGAUAACAACAAUAAUGAUGAUGAUGAUGAUGAUGAUGAUGAUGAUGAUGAUGAUGAUGAUUAUGAUGACGAUACUAUAUUGUUGUUAGAUUAUGUAUAAUGUAUAUAUACAUAUUUAUAUGCGCGCGUAUAUACACGUACGUACACACUCGUACACACGCAUCCAUAGAUUGAUAUAAAAAUGAAAUAACCUAAAUGUUAUCCAACCACUUGUUUACACUUACACGAACAUAAACACACACGACGCAACAAAAAUUUAACCAUUUAUUUAGCAAAGAAAACGGCAAUUGUGCUAACGAGUAUCUUUCGGUAAUCGUUCAGAUGAAAUAUCGUUUUUGUUUAAAAAUGUUAACUUUAGCGUAACGAUGUCGAACACGGUAACGAUCGAUAUCGUAACGUGACGAAAUUCGAAUUGUUCGUAUGGUUUGCUCUUGUCGAGUAUGUAACGCUGAUACACCUGCAAAUACAAAAUACAAUUUUACACACAGGUAACGAAUACGACACGAUACGACACGACACGACACGACACGACACGACACGACACGACACGACACGACACGACACGACACAACACAAAACGACAUAUGAUUUUCGUAGCUGUGCCCGUCAAUAGACCAAGACAAACCCAUCACUGGGCAUGCUCUUGAUUCUUGGGAACGCGUAAAAAAUGCAUAGAGUUCUUCUUUCUUUAUUCGUCGCUCCUCUCGACACUUGAAACGACGAAAACGCGAGUCGCGUUUUCAGACGAUUUUCAUCGACGAAGAAACGCGAAUAUUUUGAAAUUCGUCGUUCGAAGCGUCAAGAGGAUGGAAAGGAGUGGCGAUCGACAUGACACGGAUUCAUAGAUCGAACGAAACGAUAACGAAGCUGGGACGAACUCGAAAGAAGAAAAUGCGAAUGAGAAGAAUAAUCGAGCUUUCCUCUUUUUACGUUGUACGUCGUACAUUGUACGAAGGAUUCGCGAUGUUUUUUUGGGGCUUUCACAGCGGGAGAAAAGUUACAACACCACAACAACAAAAAUAUCGAAGAAAAGGCGAAAAAUAAAAAGAAAAAAUAAAGGACGAUUUUUAGGGGCACGCCUCGUCGUUAUAGCUCUUAAUACCGAUAGUAAUAUUACGAGUAAUAAUAAACAAAAGUGAAUUAACCAGAAUAUGCGUUUAUGUUAUUUAGUUCUAAAAAUUGGAAAAAAUGUAAUAAAAGUCAAUCGUGUUACCAA